AUGGCUGAUCCCUUGUCCAUCAGCGCCAGUGCCAUUACCUUGAUCGACGCCAGUUCGACAUGUGUCACUCUGCUUGUGAAGCUUCUUAAAUGCGCUCAGAACGCACCAGCCGAGAUUCAUGCGUUGUCUAACGAUCUGAGCGAUCUCCAGAGCUUCUUUCACGACGUCAAGAAGCUCUGUGGCGACAUGGCCGCAGAACAACCUCCCCAAUCUCGGUUCCUCGAGGCAGUGUAUCAGCCCCUUAAAGGGGCCGGAACAGCGCUGCCAGAGUUGGAGGAAAUACUUAGGAAAGCGGACCCACAGGUUUUCAGCAAACAAAGCCGACUGAAAUGGAUUCGGCUGACCUUACAUUACGCUGUACUCCGCAACAAAACUAGCAUGUGUGUGCUGCUUCUUGACGCAGGGGCAGAUCCGCACCAACAGGACGAUAAUGGCACGACUCCAUUCCAGAAAGCCUGGGAGCAAAUUCUGUGCAAGAGAGGGACUGUGGCCGAGAUUGAAGGCUUGAAGCGCGUAUUUUCAGGGACCCAGGAGCUGGAAACCUGGGAGUUCUCGUACAUGCACAAGGUCGUGCUAGGGAUAUUUCCUGCACAACUGGCCAAGGAGCUGCAGAAUGAGCAGUACCGCAAACAAAUUCACAGCUCGGAUGCCACGAAACGGACACCCCUUCACUGGGCCGCAACUCGGGGAGACGAGGAAGCAGUGAGGUUGCUGUUGGACGCCGGGGCCGACGUCAAUUGUCGCGAUGAAUCCAACAACACACCUCUCACCUUUGCAGCGUCGACAGGCCUUGUGCCUCUCUUGGAGAUGUUAAUCCUGCACGGAGCGGAUGUCCACGCCAGGACGUCCAUCGGCAGCCAGGCCAUCCACCACGCCAGCCGUCACCAACGAGCCAUUGAGCCGGUCCAGACUCUGUUGGGCGCCGGGGCAUCUCUUAACAGCACGAACAACUUCGGCCACUCGCCGCUCACCGGGGCCGCCAUCGCCAACCGUCCUGCCAUCGGGGCCUUUCUUCUCGACCACGGCGCCGACAUGCACCCCCGCAGCCUGCACGGCGACACGCCUUUGUUUGAAACCAUCUUCCACAACAACCACCAGUUUCUUCAGAUGCUCCUGGACAGAGGCGCGAACCCCCACGACGUCAACGCCGCCGGAUCAACCAUCCUGCACGCGGCCGCGCUGGAAGCCGACACGCGCACCGUCGCGAUCCUCCGUGCCUCCAACGUGCAUUGGGAUCGUCGGCAAUGCUUGCUUCGCGAUCGGAAGGGGAGCACGGCGCUCGAGAUCGCGCAGCGUCGAGUCAGUCCGCCCGCGGGGUUCUUGGAGGAGUUUGAACGGCUUGUGGCGCCGGGCUUGAGUGUUGAGGAGGGUGAUGACUGA